CACCGGAUUGGAUGACGCGAAGACCCGAGGCCGCACCUUCCCACCCCAACCACUUUAACUCAAGUCCUAAUCACUGUUUGCCAACAAAGACGGGCCACGAGCGAGGGGGAGGAGCCCGGGAGUCGUCUAUCGCGAGAAGUGGCCGCCUCAAGGGUGUGACGGGCGCUGGCGUGCGGCAGCUCCUACCGGGACCGCGAAGGAGGAGCACUAGCCGGACGACGGGGUUGGACCUUUGGGUAAAUCUCGCGAGAUUUGAUCGCGCUCCCGCGAGCCCUUCCUGCCAGCCGCCGGAAGUGCGAGCCGCUGAGCGUCCGAGUCUCUCGCUCGGAGGUUCUCCUGCGACUCUGGGCCCGCGUUCCUGUUGCCGACUCCAGGGCUCGCGCGUCUGGUCGCCUCCCCAGGGUCGGAAAUGAUGGGGGACCCCAAGGAAGCAGGAGCCGAGGCUUCUCCUUCAGGGGCGGCCGCCCGAGGAGGGCUCAGCCUCCAAUCCCAGACGGAUUCCGAGGAGCCUCCUGCACAGGGAUCGGCUUUACUUCUUGGAGGCAAUGAAGUGAAAAGCCGAGCUGUGGUGAAGUACUCUUCUGCCCCUCCUCGAACAGCAUUUGCACGUCUCGAAGAAAAAACAGACUUGAAACUCCCACCUGCCAACUGGUUACGAGAGAGUGCCAAACUAGGGCCAGCAGGAACUACCAUUCUUGGCAAUAGUAAGAAAAGCAAGCCGUUUUCGAGUUUCGGCAUGGCAUAUGACUUCAUCGACUCGGUGGGAAAUGAUGUGGAUGUUGUCUCUGACUCAGAAAACAUAAAAAAGCUCCUGAAGAUUCCCUACAGCAAGUCCCAUGUAAGCAUGGCUGUCCACCGCAUAGGAAGGACCCUCUUAUUAGAUGAACUGGAUAUUCAAGAACUCUUUAUGAGGUCAUCUCAGACUGGUGAUUGGACAUGGUUGAAAGAGUUCUAUCAAAGACUGAUCGAUCAGAAGUGGCAGAGGAAGAAGAAAAGCAAGGAGCAUUGGUAUCAGAAGGCUAUUCUUUCCAAGUUCUUGUACUACAGCAUCAAUGGUGAUGGAGCUGCUCAGCCUGUCCCAUCUCCUGCAGAACAACAAGAAUCAUCUAGUUCUGAUCAGGCACAUGAGUCUGAAGGGGCUUCCUGGCCUGCUCCCUUCGAAAUGCCUUCUUCAGUUUCUGAAGAUCCCAGUGCUUCCAGUCAGGGCAGGGAGCCUCUUGAGCCCUCAUGCAUAGUGGGGCAUGUGGCCUCAGCACCCAAAGAACAAAACCUUACUACUUUGUUCAAUGACGGGGAGAACAGUCAGGGUCUUAAAAAUGAUUUCGUCCGGAAUAUUCUGUGGACUUUUGAAGACAUCCAUAUGCUAGUUGGUUCUAAUAUGCCUAUAUUUGGUGGAGGCAGAUAUCCAGCAGUUAGCUUACGUCUCAGGGAUAACAACAAACCAAUUAAUGUGUUAACUGGAAUAGACUACUGGUUGGACAACUUGAUAUGCAAUGUACCAGAACUUGUGAUGUGCUUCCAUGUAAAUGGGAUUGUACAGAAAUAUGAAAUGAUAAAGACAGAAGAAAUCCCCAAUUUGGAAAACUCUAAUUUUUCUACCAAAGUUAUAAAAGACAUUGCACAAAAUAUUUUAUCAUUUCUUAAAUCUAAUUGUACCAAAGAAGGGCAUACCUACUGGCUCUUUAAAGCAAGCGGCAGUGAUAUUGUGAAGCUCUAUGACCUCACGACUCUGUGUGAAGAAACUGAAGACAAGUACCAAAACCCAUUCACAAUGCCAGUGGCUAUCCUUUUAUACAAGGUUGCUUGUAACAUGAUGAUGAAGAAAAAUCAAAACAAGAAACACUAUGGAACUAUUAGAACAUUACUUCUCAAUUGUGUUAAGUUGUUGGACAAAAGCAGACAUCCUCAAAUUAUUGCUUCAGCCAACUACAUGCUUUCAGAGCUUUUCCAGUUGGAUGAGCCUAAAAAGGAAGAAAGUUCAGACUCCCCUUUAAAUGAGAAUUCAGAUGAAAGCUACAGUGAAGAGGAGGAGGAGAUGGCAGACAGUGAUGAGAAUGGAUCCUACAGCACCAGCUCUGACCCAGCAGAUGACAACAAGGCAGUGGCUAUAAUUAAGUCUGUUGGAGAACUGUCAGUACCAGAAAAAUACAAGUCAAUUCAUCAGAUCAGACCCAGUUGUGCAUUUCCCGUUUGCCAUGACACAGAAGAGCGCUGUCGACUCGUACUCAGCUAUGUGUUGGAGGGUUUAAAAUCUGUAGAUAGUAGCAUCAAAAAAGAAAGUGACCUUCCAGCAGCUGACCCCAGCACUCCUAUUCCCUUAAAAUAUGAAGAUGAAUCCACAAGGGGUGGUCCUGAGGGGCUGGAGAAGCAGAUGGCCUUGUUCCUGGACAAAAUGGGCUCCCUUCAAAAGGGCAAUUGUUCUGGGCACUCUGGAAUGACCCCGGGUUCUUGGCAACAUAAAAUGAAACUUCAGCUAAUUCUUAAGUCUUCAAAGGCCUACUACAUUUUGUCGGAUGCUGCCAUGAGUCUUCAGAAGUAUGGAAGAGCUUUGAGAUACAUUAAGCUAGCUCUACAGAGCCAUGAUACUUACUGCUGCCUCUGCACCAACAUGCUUUCUGAAGUGCUGCUGUUUCUCUCUCAAUAUCUGACGCUCUGCGGCGACAUCCAACUCAUGCUGGCCCAGAACGCAAAUAACAGAGCAGCACACCUUGAGGAGUUUAAUUACCAAACGAAAGAAGACCAGGAGAUCCUCCACAGUCUCCACAGAGAGUCCAGCUGCCAGGGAUUUGCAUGGGCAACAGAUCUAUCUACAGACUUAGAAAGUCAACUUUCAGUUAGUUGUAAAUGUUAUGAGGCUGCUAAUGAAAUCUUGCAAUUCAGUGACUUAAAAAAUCAGAAUCCAGAACACUAUGUACAAGUGUUAAAGAGAAUGGGAAACAUUAGAAAUGAAAUUGGUGUGUUCUACAUGAAUCAGGCUGCCGCACUGCAGGGUGAACGAGUAGUGAGCAAAUCUGUGUCUGCUGCAGAGCAACAAUUGUGGAAAAAAAGCUUUUCUUGUUUUGAAAAGGGGAUUCACAACUUUGAGUCGAUUGAUGAUGCUACAAAUGCUGCCCUUCUGCUGUGCAACACAGGAAGACUCAUGCGGGUCUGUGCACAGGCACACUGCGGUGCAGAGGAUGAGUUCAAACGGGAGUUCUCUCCAGAAGAGGGCUUGUAUUACAGCAAGGCUGUUGAUUACUAUUUGAAGGCUCUGAGGUCAUUGGGAACAAGAGACAUGCACCCAGUUGUUUGGGAUUCUGUGAACUGGGAAUUAUCCACUACAUAUUUCACCAUGGCGACUCUACAGCAAGAUUAUGCUCCAUUAUCCAGAAAAGCUCAGGAGCAGAUUGAGAAAGAAGUCAGCGAGGCUAUGAUGAAAUCCCUAAAGCACUGCGAUGUUGACUCGGCAACUGCUCGGCAGCCCCUCUGUCAGUACCGAGCUGCGACCAUCCAUCACAGGCUGGCUUCCAUGUACCACAGCUGUCUGAGGAACCAGGUUGGUGAUGAGCAUCUUAGGAAACAGCACCGAGUGCUGGCAGAUCUCCACUACAGCAAAGCUGCAAAGCUCUUUCAGCUUCUCAAAGAUGCUCCCUGUGAACUGCUUAGAGUGCAGUUAGAAAGGGUGGCGUUUGCAGAGUUUCAGAUGAGCAGUCAGAAUAGCAAUGUUGGAAAGUUAAAAACAUUAUCUGGGGCACUUGAUAUCAUGGUGAGAACUGAACAUGCGUUCCAGCUCAUCCGUAAGGAGCUUGUAGAGGAACGUGACCAGCCUAAGAAUGAUGAAGCUACACCGGCUACUGAUUCUUCACCUAAUCUUAAUCGAGAAGAAGUGAUCAAACUCCUUAGUAUAUUUGAAUCUCGUCUGUCAUUCCUUCUCCUUCAGUCCAUCAAACUGAUGUCGUCAUCUAAAAGGAAAAUGAGCAGUAACGCUGAAGAAGAUGUGGUCCUUCAAACCAACAAGCAGAUUUACUCCCAGCUUUUAAGAGCGACUGCCAACAGAAACUCAACUCUGCUGGAGAGAGUUGAAGUCAUCAUCUGUUUGCUGGAGCAGCUUGCAUCUGGUAGCAGCGGAUCGAGUGGCAGUGCUGUCCCCUGACCUGAGGUUGUACCAGAAGACUACCUUGUCAGUGCCUUGCCAUCCUGGAGCUAUCGGCCCACUCGGUGCUGAGACUUAUUAAAUAUGAGAACAUGCCAUUUAAUCGGGUCCACAGUGGAUACUCGCUUCCCAUGGCAGGCAGAGGAUAUGGGGUGGUUUGGCUUCUUCCUGUGAAGGUGAGAAACUAUAAUGGAACCUAAAGCUUUCUAAAUGUAUUUCCUCGAGAAGUACAUGGUUCCUUAGUGAUAACACCUUCUGCGAUGUGAUGAGACUUGCAAAUAUUCUUGAAGUAUGUUAAAACACUUAGGUGUAUGAUGAGAUUAUUUUGGAUAAAAUGUUACUCUGGCCAAGGGAACUCUUAUUCAAGUGAUUUCAUGGGUUCACAUGGCAUAUAGAAACAGUGCAUAUCAACCUUUCCUUCUAAGUGACACAAAGGUGUACCCUUUCCAGGCUGUGGCAUGCAUGGGAGGUUUUGAAGACUAAAAAUUGCGCAGGUCUCCUUUCGGUGCAUGCUCUGAAAAGACUCACUUUUCUUUGACUGUGUGUGACAUUGGUAAAGAAUAGGUACUAUCACUUUCUCAUUUUAAACUUGAAACUGUGAAUAAGGUAAGAGAACUAUUUUGAAUAAAUAAGCUAUUUAUUUAAAAUACCUUGGUAGUUCCCACUUGCAUUCUUCACACUGCUGUGAUUUGGAUCUGCUUGCUUAUGAUUUCAAAACUUUACAAAGUACAUAGGCCCUAAUGUUCAAGGCAAAGGUCUCCCAUACAUUUCAUGCUCCUGGGACAUUCUGCUGUGCUCUGCUGCUCUGGAGAUCUUGUCCAACACCUACUGCAUGUGGGGCUGUAAAGCUAUAACUAACAGAUUCAAGAAAGUGCAGCAUUUGCAUCCAGCAGACUCUUCUGCUUGGAUGAUACUCCGGUGUCUGGCCACUGUUGCAUCCCCUCCCACACCAGACCCACUUGCAACUGUGGGUUUCUGUCCCUGCAGCAAGCGGGUCUCCAUUGCAGCAAGGCAGAUUCUCUCACUAUUUGUCUAGUUUCUUGUUUGGUUUGCAUUGUCAUUGGAGCAAAUUUGCAUCUGUUUACAAGAAUUAAUCAUUGCUACCCUGAAAGCUUUGGUGAAACUGUGAAGCUUUGAGCCAACUCAUCAGUCUCAUUUCAGGACUGCUGUGUCCUUUGCUGUGCAGCAGGGUACACACAGUAACACAGCUCGUCCUCCACUGGAGAGACCUCUGGCUGCUUCCACUGAGCAUAGCGCCUCUGGAGCAGAUGAAGUCAACAGGAUUUCCCUGCUUCCCUAGAAACAAGACUACUUGUCUCUAAGCCCCUCCCUUUAGUUGAAAAGCCUUCUGUAGAGGAAAAUUGAUUUUAAGCAAGGAAGUAGAAAUUUUGGCUCUUUCCCUUGUCAUAGCAAUAACAUGAAAAUUUCUGCAGGAGAAAUAAAAGAUACUUCUCAAA